UUACGUGUCCUUCUUUUGGUUUUUAGAACAUAGUGACGCAGAUUGCUAAAACUAUUUGCUUAAUGUUUUCCCCCCAUACUAAGCACUGAUACAGCUUAUCAACGGAAACCCGUCCCAGGGACAAACACUCGUCUUAUCUGUGUAUUUAAAAAAAGAAAAAACAAACCAACAACACUACUGACCUCGAGCCUCCAACCUGUACAAUAACAUUCAAGAUGAGAUGUAUUCUCGGGUUUUGGAUAUUUCUGAUCUGGCUGGAAACUGUGGUUCUUAGUGUUUUCUGUUACACGGAGAUAAAGCCUUCAAUUAAUUGCAGUUUUUUGGCUAACUAUUCUGGGUGCGAGCGUAAGACGUUUCCAGAGUCUCUUCAUCCGAACGUGGACUGCAUUGACUUGUCGGGUAACAUGCUUACAUAUGUUAACAAAAUUGAGGGAUUAGAUAACCUGUUUUAUAUGGAUUUAUCAUCCAACAUUCUGAAAACUGUUGACAAUGGCGCUUUCGCGAGUUUACGAAAACUCGAGUACCUGGACAUCUCCAAUAACGAACAUCUUGGAUUAGCCGUGUUACCAAAUGUAACAAACGGGUUAAACCAGACAAACAUCAAAGUGUUGAAGGUUGACCAGAUAUCGUGUCCUGGCGGAAGAAGCAACAUUCUCCAACGACAUCAUCUUUCACACCUGGACAACACGUCUCUUCUAGAACUAAGUAUCGCCACUAAUCGCAUUGAAACACUAGAACCGUGCGUGCUGUCCCGCUUACCAAAAUCCAUCAAGAGGCUCUCUAUCGCAAGGAACCGCUUGAUAGCCGCGGCGUAUGUUCUGGAGUAUCAUUCACUCGUUAAUGUUGAAGUUAUUAACGCCAGUCUAAGGAACAGCCCUUUUCCGUUUCUGAGGACCAUUUCUGGAUGUAAAGAAAACUUGGACAUUUUAAAAAACGACACAGUUUAUCAUCCCGGUAAUUGUCAAAAUGAUCUGCAAUAUCCUUUAUGGUCCAACACAUCGGGGCGGCUUAUUUCCGUUUCAGCGCCCCCUUCUCUUCGCACAUUGUACGUAAACUCGAGCAAAAUUUUUUCAACGGUGGUCAAAUUUCGGAUCUUGCCAAACGUAGUUAGGCAAGUGUAUCUUCAAGACAAUAUCAUUCAUUCGUGGAUUGGGCCUAUGCAUGGUGUUGAAAACAUAACCGUAUUAGAUAUGUCAAAGAACUUUUGUGCGAACAUCGGUAAAGACGUAGGUGUAAAUCUAACUGGUUUACUGACACUUAAAUUAGCAGAAAAUGCCCUUGGUCCGCGAUUUCAGUUUGACUUAACUGGAAAAAUAUUUAGAAACUUACGUCAACUUCAGUUUUUAGACAUUUCGUACAAUAGAUUACAAGCGUUACCAUUUCCGUUUUUCAAAAAUCUGAGGAGUAUUAAUCACUUGUAUGUUUCCAAUAAUCUGUUGUCUGACUGGUGUAUUGCAAUGGGACACAUGGUUAACUUAACGACACUUGAUUUAUCCAAAAACAGAAUCGGAACAAUAUCGCCGCGAGGAAUGGCGGAACUAGAUUUGGUUCUUGCAAGAGGUAACUUAUCUAUCAAUUUGAGGAACAACAAAUUACUCUGUACUUGUGAGAAUUUAAAUUUCCUGGAAUGGAUGUUCGUAAACAGAGCCCAUUUCAAAAAUAUUGAUCUAUACACGUGCUCUAACGCUCAAAAAGAUUACAUGAACAUUAAUUUUAAACAAUUCAGCAAGUCUAUCAGCCAGCUAAAAGAGAAAUGCAAAUCGUAUACCCUUUACUACAUAAUCAUAUCGGUAACAGGGACUUGCUUUCUGAGUGUCAUUUUUGGUGUAGCUCUUUACCGCAACCGAUGGAAAAUUCGGUACAUGAGAUACACCCUGUUCCAGCGAGCUAGAGACAGCCACUUGCUGUCCUCGUCAUCCGACGAUUUGUUCCUGUACGAUGCGUUCGUAUCCUACACUAGCAAAGACAGGGACUUCGUGAUAAAAGACAUGAUUCAGAAAUUAGAACAAGACAACGGCGUUCAACUUCUUAUCCGAGAUCGGUCCUUCAUACCAGGUGAAUUCAAAUGCCAACAGAUCGUGCGCUCCAUCCAAGAGAGCAGAAAAACGAUAUGUGUCGUCUCAAAACGAUACCUGAAAUCCGCUUGGAGGGACUAUGAACUGAACAUGGCUAGAGUAGAAGGAGUGGAGGUCAGGAAAUCCAUGAGAUACGUCAUUCUUAUUCUUCUUCCCGAGGUUUGUAGCGGUGGCUAUCCUAAGAAGAUUUCGGAUUUCUUAAAGAGAGACUGCUUCAUUGAAUACCCUGACGACCCUGAUGGAUACGAGGAGUUCUGGCAAAGGCUUUGUAGUGCUUUACAAGAGAACGCCCAGGAUUAACAUAAUGUUGGUUUCUGUUCCAUACACAUCGGCACUUUUGACCACAUAUGAUUCUCAAAUGGAUUACCUUUUAUAUGAGAAUCAUCUAAUAAUCAUGUGUAUCAUGCAUAUCGAAUUGUAUGCAUGAGUAUCAUAUGUGGCAGGUUAACUGAGAAUCUUAUGAACAUUCAGUUGCUUGUUUAGAAAUUAAGCAAGAAAACUUCCAUUUUUGAUAGCUUGCAAAGACUGACAAUACAUCAUUCUCCUUAAUCAAAAAAUGGCGUGCUUAUCCGAAACUCAUUAUUUCUAGUAUUCGUACUAGUACAUCAAAUAAAAAAUCCUACUAGAAUUGAAUAUGAUAAGUUUCACCCUCUAGUUAAACAUUUCUUUCAAACACGUUUUACAAAUUUUAUUUUUUUGUUUUGUUUUUAAAAUUAUUUAAACCAUCCUAAUAAACAUUGAAUGCUCAUGUGGAUCGAGUUGGUUUUUUUUAAAAGUACCGCUUUUGUCUUAGCAGUACAUGUAUGUUAAACAAGUGCCGCGUUUCCAUAAUAAUUACCGUCUUCCGAUAUGAUUAAACUAGAAUUUCGUUUUCUUAUAUAAUUCAUCGAGAGUCCUUCAACUACACUUCUCCUGACGUUUUAUUAUCUUGGUGGUUAUAUUCAACAUAUUUGAAAGUAUUGUGAUUUAUGAUACUUGAUAGUACAUUUUACUAUUGUCA